AUGUCGGCUAACAAGCGUAGCUUACGAUCAACUGCAUCCAUCCCAACACCAAGCACAUCAACCUUGGUGCCGCAACUUCAACCUCUCCCUCUCCCACCACUCACAUUCAACUCACAAAACACAUCCUCCAAUUCCUCGCCGAUAAAGAUCAUCCCACCAGGUUUCAAACUCCCAGGUCUGUCGCCCUCGGAGUUAACACUCCUUCACCGUAAACAGACGAAAUUGGCUUCCACCGUCACCUCCACCUACCAUUCCCUACCCAACGCGCCAGGCCUUCUCCACGCACUAGCAUCCACUCUCAUCUUUGCCCAACACGAGGCCGGUACCGCCAUCUGCAUCGAUCCAGCAGGCUGGAUCCUGACCUGCGCGCACUGCUUCGGUGAUGAUGAAACAGAGUACCAAGCUGACUCCAGACGGAGAUGGCUCCUAUUUUACACGGGCCUAGCUGUGCAAGUUGAGUGUAGAGUGUGGGAUCCCAAAAGGGAUUUGGCGCUGUUGAAGGUUGUGGCGGUCGAGACUGAUGGAGGCAAAGAGGGACGAAUCCCUGCGUUUCGACACGCUUGCCUUUCGUCCAAUCCACCGGCACUGAAGACGCCAAUCAUCUGUAUAGGCCAACCUGGUCGUGAUGACUUGGAGUCAUCGUCUGCGCGAAGGACUAAAUACAAUCUGAUAGAAGUCUCAGAGGGCGCUUUCCGCGGUAUGGUACGUGGCGUCGAUCCGCAGGACAAUUCUGAGAUCGGCACGCUGAUGCAUGAUGCAUGGACAUACUGGGGUCAUUCUGGCGCGCCGUUGUUGACGGAGGCGGAUGGGAAUCUGGUGGGGUUGCAUUCGAGUUGGGAUGACCAGACGCUGAUGAGGCAUGGCGUGCCACUUGCGGCGAUGAGGGAGUUUUUGAGUGAGCAUCUGGCAAGUGCCAAAGCUAGAGGCGGGGAAGAUGUGGCGGAUGGAGGGAUGGCAUUAGACAAUCGGUUAAAAUGA